GUUAUCGUGACCCGACCGCAAGAGGAGAGGCAAGACGAGAACAUCCAACGGGUUCAAAGAGACUUCGGGGGCAGAUUUUGGAUUUUGAACAUCUGUAAGAAGAGUCCAUCUUGGCACCCUGAUUGACGUGACUGAAUCCCAGCUGGAAGCCUGCCAAGAGGGGAAACACUGCUGCACUGCGCACCCUGCAUGCAGUGAAGACAUUCUGACCAGAAGCAGAGGCCAUGUUCUGGACAACUGCAACCCUACUGGUCACCCUGGCUUUUGCCAGGGUCAGCACUUCUCCAAUGCCCGGAGAAAUGACCGAUACAGAUGUUAAUAUUCCUGCGGUGAAAGACGCUUUGAAUUUCGCAGUCGGUGAAUUCAACAAGCAGAGCAAUGAUAUGUACAUCUACAAAGUGGCGAAAGUGAUCAAGGCUACGAGUCAGGUUGUUUCAGGGACCAUGUACAGGUUUGAAGUGGAAAUGGUUAUAUCUGGCUACAAGUCAUCCCCACAGGAGAUGUGUGCCAAGGACAACUCAGAGCUCAAAAAGCCAAACACAUGCUAUUUUGAGGUCUGGAGUCAACCAUGGCUGGGCCCACCCAAGCUUAUGAAGUAUGCCUGCAAACAUUAGAUUUUCUUGAAGAAGCUUCAUUGUCCAGAAAGGUUUUGGAUUGCCGCAUGUAGUCAUACUCAUUCAGUAUUUUAAUGAAAUUUAGUUUACAUUUAUUUUAACUUACCUACUGACUGUCUAUUUUUUAUACUACCAAGUCCAAGUUCAAGUUUUAUUUGUCACAUAGCCUAUGCAUACAAGUAUAAUGAGCAGUGAAAUGCUUACAUACCUACAGUAUACUGCUGUACACACAUACCACUAAUAUAAAUUGUUGAACCUUAACCAACUGUUGACAAUUCUAACCAACCUUUCUCUCAAAAUAAAGAUUUUCUACACCAUCGGC